AUGAGCACACCAGCCGUCAUCUUCGUCUCUCCCCGUCCUCGCGAGCAUCUCACUUCUGCUGACCCCCCACCUCAAGUUGCUCUGAGCUCUUCGACUCUUGAGCCGCUCUUUCACUUGCCGCAGGACGCAGCAGCAAAACGACUGGGCGUCUCGCUGACCAGCCUGAAAGCUGCAUGCCAAAAGAUCGGCAUCAUGCGAUGGCCCUACUCCCGAUGGUCGCUGGAAGUGCGUUCGCCUUCAGCCUCCAAGUCACCCCCAAACUCAGAAGAAGUUUCCAAUGAGGAGAUGGAGAAGAAGGCUGUAGAUGUAGAAGAUCAAGAAGAUGACUGGUUGAUGCAGCAGAUGCUGCAUCAAGAGGAAGAGGAGGGCUGGUUGGAUUGGUACCGAAGUUGCGAUCUCCACGAUGACAGUGUGUGGAUGGGACAACAGAAAGAGUCUUUGAAAAAUUGA